CACAAAAUCGUCUAGGGCAUAGCUUAAUCAGGCGCACUAUCGCACACCAGCGCCUUAGGAGUGCAUUUCUACCGCACUCCUACUGCAAACGAGCUCCAGCACCAAUGGCACCGCUCGACGCUCUCCCAGCCGACGUGCUGACCAAGUGCUUGGACUUUGUGCCUUUUGACGAGGUACACACCACCGCAAAACAAGCCUCGCGCGGUCUGCGGUCGGCGGCGCGGCGCGCGCUGACCAAGGGCCGAUGGCGGCCGCUCAAGUUAUUUUGCGCGCGCGGGCGGGACGAGCUCUUCGCGGCUUUUGAGCUAACCGGGGAUAACACUUUGAACAAUGAAAAACGGUGGGCGAAACCUGUCAUUUCUGACGCGACGCGAGCCCUACUUCGCGAGGCGUGGGCGUUAGCACCCGGCGAGUGCCUCAUCGAAGUAGCCAGCUGGUGGCCUCCAGAGACAUUCGGCCCGCACAUCAACUCACUAGAGGGCGCUAUACGGUUCCUGGACGUCGUCGUGCCGUCUAUUGAUGGGCUCGGGCAAAUCAUGAAAGCACUGGCAUGCGAUAGGGUACGCCGGCUACAACCGAGCUAUACGACGGCCGACCUGGGAAUGGGACCUGAAGGAUGGACGGGUGGUCUCAUCAACAUGUGGUUGUCAAAAAUUCAUAUUCUCAACCAUGACACUGACACACCUAGAUUAACGCUGCUCCAAGAAUCCCAGGCCGAUCUGGGGCUUUUUACAUGGGAUGAUCCGAGAGCCGCUGCUAGGUUCCUCCUCGACAGAUCCCAUUGUUUUGUUUACGAUGAAUAUAUGCGCCGCACGUUCCAAGAGUGGCGAAACCGCCGCGAGGGCGAGCUCCUCGCGGAGGUCGCAGAUGCAAUAUUCCCGGCGAACGCUUGGAACGCGAACCCUGACAGAGAAGAUGAGUAAGAAAAUGUAC